GGGGCCGCGGCUGGAAGCGAGACGAGGAGGAUCAGAGCUCGCGGGCGUCAUGGGGCGCGCCCUGGCGACACUCAACGUCGAGAUCUUCCAGCUGCAGGCCAUGGUGGAGCCUCUCAGGAAGCAGUACGUCCAGGCGCAGCAGCAUAAUGACCAAGUCAAGAUGGACGAGAUCCUGGCGGCGUGCCCAGAGGCCAAGCCGACGGACCCCGUCGAGCCCGCUGAGCCCUCCAUGGGGCAGAAGCUCCAGCAGGCGGUGGCGGAGCUCAACAAGCUGCAGAAGCAACAGGACAAGCUCGCUAAGCAGCUCAAGCGGGUUACCGAGUACCGCGACGACGUGCUCAACAGGAUCAGCACCAACGUGGCUGAGCUUGCGGAGGCUAAGCGGAUCUUCACCGAGGCGAAAGAAGGACUGGGUGGUGAAGCUGAAGCACCUGAAGCAGAGAAGAAGCCAGAUGACGAAGAACAGUUCCCUACCCUAUCCCAGGACGACCUGGCCAUGCUGGACGAGAAGCAGCAGCAGGAGUACGAGCAGAUCCAGAAAGAGUACCAGCAGGCUAAGACGUUCAUCAACGCGAAGAAAGAAGCUGUCCAUAAUGCGAAGAUGGCGCUCGACGCGGCCAAACAGAUCCACGAGAAGGCUAGUGAGCGACGUCGCGGAGGCCAGGGCGAAGCUCGUACCGACCAGGCACCAGCGGCAGCACCAGUCCCUGAACCUGUCCUACCAGAGCAGCCAGCUGGAGCAGGACAGCCUAUGGAUCCUGAACUCAGGUUGGCAGCCAAGUACGACCUCUCCAAGGAUGACCAGGUCCAGGCCUACCUCGCGGAGCUGGCUAAGAUCAAGGGCAGGACCAAGGUCGCGUUGGCUACAAGGCAGGAGACGGAGUUGGAGGGCAGCCUGAACUCCACGCAGUGCUACUACUCGGCACUAGCAGAGCCAGCUGCGAAGGGGGGUGAGCCACAAGGGGUUGGCCACGAGCCGAUGUGCGGCAUAUCCCCACUCGCAGCAGGCCUUCAUCGAGGGCCAAGCAUCAACUCCAAGCCGGCGUAUGUUAAGACGGUUUGGAUCGACGACGAGGUCGACUACAUCACCGAGAGUGCUUUUACUCGCAGUGGUGAUGCUAUGGCUACCGCGUCGUCUCCUUUUUCUACUUGCGGGAGCUCUACGUGUGCUACGACGGCCUCGGACCCAGAUCGCGCAGGGGCGCGGGAUUCUGGAUCAACGUUCGCAGUCAUCAACGGCACCAAGCAGAGCGAACUGAACGACGAUGUCAGGGACGUUGUCAAAGCUUUCGUGGCCAACUGCACGCAGUACAAUGAGGCCGCCAAGAAGUUCGUAGAGGACGAGCAGAGCGAGGAGUAUGACAUGAUCGCAUUUAGUGAGCACCACUUGCGAGGGCCAGCGGCGGAGAUCGAAGCUAACAGGCUCAGGCACGCGCAGGGCCACAGCAUCUUCGCGAAGGGGUUCCACGACAUCACCAUCGUCAAGUGGCAGCUCAAAGGACAGGAGAUAGCAGCUAUCACGGCAUACCUCACGGCAUCGAUUGGGUUUACGGGCGAGAAUAUUCGCAAGAUGAAGCACCUCUUGCACCUGACGCGCAGCCUGGGCAACAUACCCUGGUUCAUCUGCGGCGACUUCAACAACGCACCCCAGGCAGUGCGAGCACAGCAUGAAGUCCCAUGGUCACCGCGCAUAGGUAUUGUCAUAGAGAUCUGUGCCAAGCCGAACAGGAUCACCAUCCGUAAGCCCAUGCCCCCAGCUAAGAAGCCCAUCCCUACCACGGAAGUGCGGCGAGAGAAGGGCAUUAAGAGAAAGCAAAGGGACAGACAGCAGCACCAAGACAUGGCCAAGUACUUCGACUCAGAACUCCUGGACGAGACGCUCCUGGACGCGCACUACACCGAGACCGUGGCUAUGAAGUGCGGCCCGACCAUCUGGGACGAGCGCCGCGAGGAGGAGGCAUCUUGCCAAAUCCGAGGCCCUCCCAGGUGGGUUCAAAACUCGCUGGCAUACAAGCAGAACCCGAGGAUGAGCGACUUGCUCGGCACAUUGUACGGCAAGUGGGCGAAUGCAGCGGAGAGGGCGCUUGCUACGGUCACGCAGAACCCGAUCAAGGCUACGGCGAGGAGGGGGCAACCAAUCCGCCAUCGCGAGGUGCCCUUCCCACAGCACGUUGCGAGCAAGCAGUUCGAAGACACCGCGGCAGAUAGACAACGACAAGUCAGUAUUUUAUGGUCGAAGUUAUAUCAGCGAUGCCAUGAUGGUGAAUUUUUGCCCCGGAGGCACCCGAUCGAUAGCCAGAAGCACCUGGAGACGAUCAGCAGUACCAUCAGGACUUAUGCCAACCAGUUGGACGCCUUCGGCACAGCAGAAGGGGACGAAGCAGCACACCUUGAUGGACAAGCGAGGCGCCUAGCUUCCCGCGUCACCAACCUUCGUCACUAUCCUGGGCCUGAGAACACCACCGAGAAUAUCCAAGAGUGGCAGGAGGCGACCGAGUUGACGAGGGCACGCAUGGACUGGCAUACGCGGAUCCAUUGGAAGAAAGUCAGAGAGCAAGUUGGACAAUGGACCAGGACGGCUUUGUCAGGCAGCAUGAAG